ACGGGCACCAUCUUCCAAAGCAUAGUACGAAUCACAGUGGUCACUGUCCCAUCGCCAAAAUCAGCACAUCAUAAUGGAUCUCCUCCAAACAGUUCGCAAAGAAGGCUCACGAGGAGGGCGCAACGAAUUCUCCUGGCAAGAUGUACAAAACGACCCUCACCGCCAAAACUACCUCGGACACUCGUUGAUGGCACCCGUCGGUCGCUGGCAAAAAGGAAAGGACUUGAACUGGUAUGCUCGCGGUGAGGACGGCGAAGAGUUGGACGAAGCUGCACAACGUCGGGAGGAGAUGAGGAAGAUCAAGCAACAAGAGGAGGAUGAAAUGCUACGAGCUAUGGGUCUGCCAGUGCCAGACAGGGACAAUGCAAAUCUCGAACCUGUCGCUUUGCGUCCAGGUAUGGCAGCACAAGCUGCGCCUGCUGCAGAGCCCGAGAAGCGCGAACGCAGUAGGAGCAGGAGAGUCGUGAGAGAAGACACAAGAGAAGAUCGCGUUCAAGAGAUGGAGACAAAGACAGACGACACCGGCCGAGACGGGACGACCGCGAUCGCAGACAUGGUCCUGCAGAUGAUGAGCGUGAACGCAGACACCGCCACAGCCGUCGUGAGCGCACAAGGUCAAGAUCGGUCGAACGCAGAAGGCACAGGAGUCGAUCGCCGAGCGGAAAGAGAGACAGAGAUGGCGAGCGGCGCAGACGUUACGACUAAGCGACAGCUAUAACGCGGUCUCCUCCACGAAAGUUAUACGAGGGGUCUCUCUCAUACGCGCGCAAUCUGAAGUAUCUACAUGAUACACAUGCCAUUAUCAGAAGACUGCAAACGAAAACAAUAUGAGGCUCUUUUCCAGCAUGACGCAGAUCAAAGCUUGGGAAGCUUGCUCGAAGGUGC